AUGGUGAAAGACUCGGCCAAAGCACUUCUCUGGUCAAAACUAUUUUAUUACGACAAAGCAAACAAAGCCGAUACACUACUCGCGCGCAGACUAAAACAAAGAUCUGAAAACAAGCAGAUACAUAAAAUAACAACACCAGGGGUUACCACAGAGGACCCGGAUGAAAUCGCCAAAGUCUUUCAAAAAUAUUUUGAAACUCUGUAUGACCAUGAUCCAAACACACGACAACACCCAACAUCGACCAAAACAUUAAUUGACCAAUACUUGAAACAG